ACUUUUGACCAAUCACAGGUGUUGUUCGAUACUCUUCAUCCUAUGAGCCAAUCAGAUGUAAGGAUAUCUGUUCUCGCCGGUUGAUAUCUUGUUCGAACGAUUGUCCUGAAAAAAAUUUUAGCGCAACCACGGGAGAAAGUCGUGGAUGGCCGUAGAAAUGCUCUUACCUUUAUAACAGUAGCUCAUUAUUCCCCAGGAGUCUUGGGGAUCACAUCGACUUUACCAAGACGUUCACUAUGUCUGAAGGAACGAACUCGGACUUUCUCGGCUCUGGCUUCACGAACAUGAAGCUUGUGGGAACCGGUGGCAGCGGCGCGGUCUAUUCCGCCAUCGAUGUGGAAACCGACCAACGGGUUGCUCUUAAAAGACUUAUUCUUCGAGACCGAAUGAACUGUAAAGCAGCUCUCAGAGAAGUGAAGGCUCUAAAGACCCUCGAACACGAGAAUGUGGUGAAAUUAACAAAAGUAGUGGACUCUGAGGGCAUGCCAUUCUUGGACGGCACAGACGAACAUUUCAGAGGGGCGACCGAACUUUAUCUUGUCGAAGACCUGAUUGAUUCUGACCUACAUCAAAUCUUACAAAGUAAAGGAAAACUGCGAGAGGAUUAUGUUAAAUUAUUUUUAUAUCAGCUCUUACGAGGACUGAAAUACAUCCACUCCGCGAACGUUGUUCAUCGUGACGUGAAACCAAGUAAUCUACUAGUUGACUCUGAAACGUUGCUUCUUAGAAUAGGCGACUUCGGACGAUCACGAAUUCUCGAUCCGGCUUACUCACACAACGGCCAUCUAACUCACAGCGUCUCGACCUUGUGGUAUAAAUCACCUGAACUGUUGUUGAAUGCAUCGACUUAUGACAGUUCGGUAGAUAUGUGGGCCGCGGGGUGUGUUUUUGCUGAAAUGUUACUAGGCAAACCCCUGUUCGAAGGGAGACACGAAAUCGAUCAAAUGGAGCAAAUUUUAGAUUCUGUCUGCCUGACGGAGGAAGAAUGGACAGUUCUUAAACCACAUCUACCAGAAAGAACGGCUUUGAAGAGGACUCAGGAGCAGGGAUCUGCCUUGGGGAGCAAGUUUCCACACAUCGGCAUCCAAGCUCUUGAUCUGCUGGUGAAAAUGCUGAAGUUUAAUCCAGAUAAAAGAAUUACAGCAGAAGAAGCCCUUGCUCAUCCAUACCUUCAUCAGUAUUCAUUCCCAUCUGAUGAACCAGUCUGUUUCGAGCCACUGCACAUUGAAGAUGAGGUUGGAGACUUUGAGGAGGACACCUUAAAGAGCUGGAUUUUAGAAGAGUGUUCUUCAUUUGAAAGUAGUGGCUCUUUUGAAAGCUCUGUGCCAGAUGUCGUUCUCGAAGAAGUUGUUGUGGAGAAGCAAGACUCUGGAAAUGACAUCUUAUCUUUGAAAGACAUAAUGGAAGAGCCAGAAGCUCCUUUGCUGGACCAGUGUAAAACCCGCAUUGAUGUGUCAGAGCGUUUGGGUUUAGAAAGUUACAAAGAAGAACUAGAGACUUUGGCAGUGGCCUAUAAAAUCCAAAUGUCCCUAAAUGAAACUGUUGAUCCUAAAGAGCAGGAAAAACUGUUUGAGUCUCAUCAUGCUAACAUGCCUUCAACCAUUUUAGAUGGUAUGUUUGGCAAAGGAGGCUUGAAGGAAAAUGUGAACUUAACUUGUAAGAAAAAUGUUUUUAAUGGACCAUUUGGAUUGUGUUAUUUUUAAUUGGUCAGGAUUGUGUUUUUGUACUUGAGGAUUCACAUAAUGUGACGGCUAGAUCAUUACGUUUAAACUUGCUAUGGUGGAGCAUUUUGGUUCAGUGGAAAGGGGGUCAUUGUGUGAUGUUAAAAAGUAAAUUGUUUUGUUAAUUGGAAAGUGUUGUGUUUACUAGUUUUUAUUAGAAGCUUAAAAUCUUAAAAGAUAUGAUUGGUUUAACUUAUUGGAUUUUCUUGUAUGUGAUUUUGUGGAUUCUUUAUCUCUCUGUCAGUGUUAUCCUUUAGUACUGUGCCAUUCAUGGCUUAUUUUACCACAAAGAGUAUUGAAAAAAUACACUUUAUUGGAUUUCACCCAUUUGAGUUAAAUUUAUGACAGUUACGUUGUGCCCAAGGGAUUCUUUUUUAUAUGCCCUUGCAAUUUUAAUUUUAUUUAUUGAUUUUCGUUUUUAAGCAAGUUAGUAAAAUAGUAAGUGAAGGAGAGAUCAGUUUUUUGUUGAAAGUAACUUUUUUUUACUCUCUCACUUUUGCAAUUCUCCUGUGUUUCCAAGGUUACCUAAACAUAAUUUCCAAGUAUUUAAUUUUUUUUGACAAUUGUCAUUUGUAACUAAAGAAAAAAGAAAGAAAAAAAAAAUUUCAAAGAUUGAUUUAGGUGCAAUUUGCUAGGCGACGAAAGGAAAUCAUUCUUACCUAAGCUUGGCCCUUGAUGAUAUCGCGCUAAUAAUUAUGGCUAUUAACAAGAAAAGUAUUAUGUAAAAUUGAAAUGUUUAUUUAUUCCACAACAGAUAUAUCAUAAUUUAAUUUAUUUGGGACGAGGGAAGGGAAAAUGAAGUGAGAAAUCAACCGAAGAGUUCCUGUAUGCAAUGCCUCAGCAGUACAGGAAAUUGUCUUUGGAAAGAUAUUAUCAUUUUUGUCAAGCCUUAAAGUCACAUCCAAUGUCAAUGUUACCAUGUGAAUGAAAUUGUUAAAGCUGCAGUUAGAUCGAUGAGAACCUUAAAUUUGUAAAUUCAAUGUAGAAAGAAAUGUUUUAUAGGUGUUUAAAUUCUGUAAACUGUUGCCAUUACGCUAUGGCUGGUAAUCAAUGGUGUGGCGCUAAGAUUAAUUUUGUUAUGAAAAGAUCAUGCUUGCUGUAAAAUUUGAGAAAUUAUUUGUUAAAUAAAUAACUUUGUUCACUUUUAACAA